AUGAGUCUCUGGAGUCUGACGCUUGUCAUAGCAGGCAUUGCUGCCCUGGGAGUGUAUUACACCUCCUCAGCCUCAAGGAAGCGAACGCGGGAUGUUGAUGGAUUGCCCCGUCCACCCCGAGAGUCUUGGCUAUUCGGAAAUCUUCUGCAGCUUUUCCUUCCAAGAAACUACGGUGAUCAUGAAUUCGGGUGGCAUGCAGAAUAUGGCGACGUGUACGUGAUACACGGAGUUUUGGGGCAAUCUCGUAUGAUGGUCGCGGACCCUAUGGCCCUGAAUCAUCUACUUCGAAAUGACGACGUUCACCUCGCCCCGAUGAUGCUCGCGCUAGCGCGUUCCUUAUUGGGCCGAGGUAAUGCGAUGGCUCUUCGAGGUCAGCCACUGCGGAAUGUCGCCGAAUCGGCUCUUACUGCCUGUACAACUCAGAUCACCAAAGCACUGGACUCGGAGGACGGUCAGGAAGGGUCUGUCGUCAACAUCGCAGAGCCGCUCUCCACGGCAACGCUUUCCGCAAUUUCUCAAGUCAUCCUGGGUCUCUCAGUCGAAGCCCUGGGCGCGGAGGUGGUAGAGGCAAACGUAUCGAUUCUGUUGAGUGGCUUCCGAGCCCCAUGUCUCGCCGAGGCGAUGGCGCCCUAUCUGCCUGCCCCCUUCCUUGAUUGGAUGUUCGGGCUUCCGCUGCCGAUGUUCGCUACAAUCCGCAGAGCGUAUGAGCUGGGAAGAAAGGUCGGAGACCAGGUCAUCCAAGAGCUCGCUCAAGCAGAGCACUCCGAGGACUCGGAUGAGAGAAACUGUGAGCACUUGUAUGGGAAGAUCUUGGCCCAGAACUCGAAGAAGGCGCUCUCACCCGAUGAACUUGCUAUGCAGACGAAUCUUGUCCUCAUCGCGGGUCAAGACACGACGGCAAAUACACUCGCGUUUGCGCUCGCAGGACUGGCUCGACAACCGGCGCUCCAGGAGGCCCUGCGUGCCGAGAUUCGCAAGGCGCAAUCAGAACCUGAGAUUGAUGACGAGUCGCUGCCAUUACUCAACGCGGUCAUCAAGGUCAGAGCGCACUUCCAGAGGUCAAUCAACUCACGGAGCGUUUUGCAGGAAACCCUCCGUCUGCUUCCGGCCGAGCCCAUUGCCGAAAAGAUCGCCCUCGUCGACCUGACUAUGCCGCUGAGCCGACCGGUAACGCUCUCCGACGGGAGAGUCGUGAAUCAGCUGUUUGUUCCAAAGGGCCAGCUUGUGGGAUUGGCCUUCGCAGGGUACCAGCGUGGCGAGACGCGCUGGGGUCCUGAACCUGAGGCAUUCAAUCCUUACCGGUGGAUCGAGGGAAAGGUCGGCGUCGAUGCACCGAUGGCAACGAGCCCUUAUGCCCACCUACUCGCGUUUUCAAACGGACCGCAUGUGUGUCUUGGGUGGCGAUUUGCGAUCCUCGAAAUGCAGGUCAUCCUCACUGAGCUGAUCCCGAAUUUCGUGUGCAAAAUCCCGGAGGACCCGGCUUUAGCGAUGGGCUUCAAAUUUUCCAACACGCUGGCGCCGUGUGACGGUAAAGGAGACAAACGUGCCUGGCUUCUUGUGGAGCGAGUACGGGACUUGUGA